GCCUCUUUGGCUAGGCCCGAAAGGGGCGGAACGCGGUAGAAAAGCUGGUUAGGUUUCUCUUCCGGACGGAAAAGAGGAGCGUACUGAGCGUCGCGUCGCGGGAGCAGCUCUUUGCUCCGGUUUGGUUCCCCGCUCCCGCGACAUGGCCUUCAAUUUUGGGGCUCCCUCGGGCACCUCGGGCACCGCUGCAGCCACCGCGGCACCCGCGGGUGGGUUUGGAGGAUUUGGUACAACAUCUACAACUGCAGGUUCUGCGUUCAGCUUUUCUGCCCCAACUAACACAGGCACUACUGGACUCUUUGGUGGUACUCAGAACAAAGGUUUUGGAUUUGGUACUGGUUUUGGCACAACAACAGGAACUAGUACUGGUUUAGGUACUGGUUUGGGAACUGGACUGGGAUUUGGAGGAUUUAACACACAGCAGCAGCAACAGCAGCAAAAUACAUUAGGUGGUCUCUUCAGUCAGCCUGCCCAAGCUCCUACCCAGUCCAACCAGCUGAUAAAUACUGCAAGUGCUCUUUCUGCUCCAACACUAUUGGGAGAUGAAAGAGAUGCUAUUUUGGCAAAAUGGAAUCAACUGCAGGCAUUUUGGGGAACAGGAAAAGGAUAUUUCAAUAAUAAUAUUCCACCAGUGGAAUUCACUCAAGAAAAUCCCUUUUGCCGAUUUAAGGCAGUAGGUUAUAGUUGUAUGCCCAAUAAUAAAGAUGAAGAUGGGCUAGUGGUUUUAGUUUUCAACAAAAAGGAAACAGAUAUUCGAAGCCAACAACAGCAGUUGGUAGAAUCAUUGCACAAAGUUUUGGGAGGAAACCAGACCUUAACUGUAAAUGUAGAGGGUAUUAAAACAUUGCCAGAUGAUCAGACAGAAGUUGUCAUUUAUGUUGUUGAACGUUCUCCAAAUGGUACAUCAAGAAGAGUUCCAGCUACAACAUUAUAUGCACAUUUUGAACAAGCUAAUAUAAAAACACAAUUGCAGCAACUUGGUGUAACACUUUCUAUGACUAGAACAGAACUAUCUCCUGCACAGAUUAAACAGCUUUUACAGAAUCCUCCUGCUGGUGUUGAUCCUAUUAUUUGGGAACAAGCCAAGGUGGAUAACCCUGAUUCUGAAAAGUUAAUUCCUGUACCAAUGGUGGGUUUCAAAGAGCUGCUACGAAGAUUGAAGGUUCAGGAUCAGAUGACUAAGCAGCAUCAGACCAGAUUAGAUAUUAUAUCUGAAGAUAUUAGUGAGCUACAAAAGAAUCAAACUACAACUAUGGCCAAAAUUGCACAAUACAAGAGGAAACUCAUGGAUCUUUCCCAUAGAACCUUACAGGUCCUAAUCAAACAGGAAAUUCAAAGGAAAAGUGGUUAUGCCAUCCAAGCUGAUGAAGAGCAGCUGCGGGUUCAGCUAGAUACAAUUCAGUGUGAACUGAAUGCACCUACUCAGUUCAAAGGCCGACUAAAUGAACUGAUGUCCCAAAUCAGAAUGCAAAAUCAUUUUGGAGCAGUCAAAUCUGAAGAAAGAUAUUAUAUAGAUGCAGAUCUAUUGCGAGAAAUAAAGCAGCAUUUGAAACAACAACAGGAAGGCCUUAGUCACUUGAUUAGCAUCAUAAAAGAUGAUCUAGAAGACAUUAAGUUGGUAGAACAUGGAUUGAAUGAAGCCAUCCAUGUCAGAGGUGGUGUCUUUAGUUGACAGUUCACAAAUUUGUGUUGGUGGUUGGUGAAAUACAUCCUCUCAACUUACUUCAUCAGGCCUUCCUUAAGAGAAUGAAACUGACCACGUGGAGAAGAAAGAAAAUGAUCCUCUCCUGGCUUGGGUUUUACCGACAAAUCUGAAAUAAAAUAGCCACCUCACAACUCUUUAAAGAUAACCUUCGAAAGAUUUACCUCUAAAAGCUAUAUUUACUUUAAAAAGAGAAGUACAUAAUAACCAAAAGUAUAUGUAUUAUUUUACAUUUCCACAACAGCAUUUUCUUAACUAUAGUCAGUGUUUAAUGAUUAUUCUUCAUUCAGCUUUCCAUAGCAAGUAAAAAUAUGUCUACUUUGCACAUAAUUACUGAGCUGUUGGAUAUUUGUACUUCAGAGAGUAAAUGUACAUCAGUUUUUAUAUUUGUGAAUUCAUCUGUGGGAGGAGUAGAGAAAAAUCCAAAAGUAUUUAAUGGUUAAUGUGGUUUUCUUUUUUGUUCUAUAAAGAUUUGAAAAUAUAUUUUUGUAUUACUUUACUUGUUUGGAAUUUACAGAACACAUCUAAGCAAUUAGGAUAUAACACAAUUACCAUUUUUGCAAAUUUUUUGUUUUUUAAAUCUUUUUAUUUCUAAAAAAGAUGAAAACUUUUAAAUAAAUUCUUUAUUUGUAAUU